CCAUGCCCCUGGUAGAUCUACGAUGCAUGGAAACUUCACCCCGGUAAGGCAGGUUAGGUACCUUAGCCGCCGAAUUCCUUGCCGUUGUGACUUUAGGCCUAGCUGGGUUAUUUAGGUACCUAUUAUUAGUGUAGCAGAAGUGAUUGCCCCGUGCCCCGCUGUACGCUGGUCAGCUCGUCUCAAGCAAGCAAGCUUGUAUUUUAAAUCUUAGUUGGCUGUCGGGCCCUGAAGAUGGGGAAAUAGUUCCCCAUUCGGGCCUUGGCGAGUCUCGCGCCAAUUCUGCUUUUCCCCAUGUCCUGGCGUCGCUCGCACUCGAGGUCCUGAGCAGCGUCUCCGGCCUGGGGAGCGGUCAAGAUGGAUUCCCCACGACCAGAAAUAGACCUUGAGAAGGAGCUUACCUGCUCUAUCUGCACCGAACUGCUCUACCAGCCUCUCACCCUCCUCGACUGCUUGCACACCUUUUGCGGCGCCUGUCUCAAGGAGUGGUUUAGCUGGCAGGCAACCGCCGCCGAGAAUGCGCCCACGCCGCCGGCGCCGGGGUCGCCUAUCUUUACCUGUCCGUCAUGCCGUGCCUCGGUAAGGGACACGAGGCACAACGCCACCGUCGCUACGCUGCUGGACAUGUUCCUCGCCGCCAACCCUCACAAGUCAAAGUCAGCCGAGGAGAAGGCCGAGAUGAACAACAAGUACAAGCGUGGCGACCGGGUCCUGCGCCGACUCAACAUCCCCGAGAAGACGCCCGAGCAGCGACGGUUGGACGAAGCGGAGAGGGUCCUUAUCGAGGAGGUGCGGCAGAUGAGCCUGAGAGAAGCUAUUGCCGAGUCGUCAUCUCGGCGCUCGACGCCACCAAGACGAAGCGAGAGCAGGUCCCGGGACGGCGGGUCGAGGCCCAGCCGAGAGCCCAGCAGAGAACCGCAGAGGGGGACUAGGGCGAGAGACGCUCGGGAGAGGGCGAGGAGACAGGCUGCGGAUGAAGAGACGAGACGCCGCGCAGAACAGACGGCUGCCAUGCGACAGUCGGAGGGACGACCGAGAGAUGAGGGUCGACCGCGCAGAAGUGGAUCGAGGCAGAGAUCGGCGGCAGAGCUGUCCGAGGCGAGCAGGCGGCACAUCGAGCACCAACCGUCGCUGAGGUCGCUCAUAAGCUCAUCGGACAUAGGCUCCAUGGAUAUUGAACGGGAGAUUGAGGAGUUCGCCCGGCAGAUCCAGGAGGAAGGCUUACUCGAAGGGUUGGAUCUCGACAACCUGGACUUGAAUAACAACGAUGAACUGAGCCGGAAGAUUACUGAAGCUUACAGAAGAAGGCAACGGCAACGGUCGAGGACCGAAGCUGCGCGGAGGAGCAAUGCCAGCGGGGACUCCCCUCACUCUGACCCGGCGACGGCGGAGAAUCAGACCCGCCCAGCUGAUUCAUCCCGAGCAUCGUCCCGACCAACGAGCAGGCAGAGGCCACAAUCCAGGUCGCUGAGCACAACCCGACAGGCGGACGACCGGAGCAGACCGCCACUAUCUUCUGCCGCAGCCCAUCUCGAAGUUGAAGAACCGAUCAGGAGACAUCGACGGCGGACUACUAGUGGCGGGAGGAGUGCCACCGUCCCAGUCCCCAUUGCAGAGCCCGACGCGAGACCCGCAGCUCGCUCCCAGACCGACCUUACCCUGCAACCCCACGAGUCGGAUAUGCCUCUGGGUCGGCCAAGCAUCGGCGGCGAGGUUAGAAGCUCGAGUACUCCGAUGAUUGGCACAUCAACCCAAGCUGCCUCGGGACCAGCGAAUGCUCGGAACCUGCCCUUCAACGCUCGGGCGAAUAAUGCCGGCCUGGGGAUCAUACAGCUACCUCACAGUGACACCCCGCCAGAACAGGGUAGCAGUCAGGGCAAGAGAUUCCGCCGACCGGCAGAUUUAAUGCUCGGGCCUGCCGGACCGAAUUUCGCUGCGUCGGGGGGACAAUCGAGUCCCAGUCUCAGCUCGCCAUCCCUUGCCUCGCCAGGUCACCAGAGGACUGCUUCUCAACUAUACCCGGAGCCUCUCAUAACAUGUCAGCGGUGCCGGAAGCAACACAUCGAAUACGAGUUGCACUAUAACUGCUCCAUCUGCCACGGUGGAGACUGGAAUAUCUGCCUGGACUGUUACCGCCGAGGGAAGGGCUGUCAACAUUGGUUCGGAUUCGGUUACGCCGCGUGGUCAAAGUGGGAGAAGGUCCGCGGGGACGCUGACGGCAAGCUCCCGGAGCCACACGUACUCACCGCCAACAGAUACAUGCCGCCGAAGGUAACCUCAGGGGCGGCAGACGGCCGUCAGACCCUGACAACGCAAAACCCAUCAGAGCGCCUGCAGAGCGGGACCUUCUGUUCUCGCUGCUCAGCUUGGACAAACGAGUGCUUCUGGCGCUGCGGCAUCUGCAACGAGGGGGACUGGGGGUUCUGCACCGACUGCGUGAACCAAGGCCGCUGCUGCACCCACCCGCUCCUCCCGCUGGCCUACAGCCCCCCGCCGCGGCGAGCGGCCGCGCCGCUCUCCUCCCCGACGACCUCGAGCCCCCGCUCGCCGGGGGGCAGCCCCCGCCCACCCGCGGCAGCAGCAGCAGCAGCAGCCGCCGACGCCGUCCCAGCCACCGGCGUCUUCCGACCCCUAGCCUUCACCGCGCGCUGCGACGUCUGCCAGCACGCGAUCCCGCCCGCCCGGCCGCGCUUCCACUGCUACUCGUGCGGCGGCAGCGGCGGCGGCUACAACGUCUGCCAGGCUUGCUACGGGGGUCUCGUGGCGGGCGGGGCCGUCAGCGCCGAGAACGGCCCCGCCGGGUGGCGGCGGUGCCCGCACCAGGGAGCGCACCGGAUGGCCGUCGUGACCGGCGUCCUCGCCGAGUCCUCCGCCGAGGGCGGCGGCGGCGGCGGCGGCGGCGGGGACGGAGGCGGGCAGUGGUGGAGGUGCGUCGUCCGCGACUGCGUCGGGGGCCGGAAGCUCCAGCAGCUCGAGCAGCAGCAACAGCAGCAACAGCGGCGCGACCCUGCGUCCGCGUCCGCCACUGCCUUGUUGCAGACCUGGUACUGGUUCGAGGGGGAGCAGAGGCGAGAGCGGCUGGUCAGCAGGGACGUGGCGGCGGUGGUGGAUCCCGGGGAAGGGGCAGCAGCAGGGGCAGGGGCGGACGGGUUCCCGCCCGACGGCGGCGGCGGGAUGAGGGCGGUCGCGAGGUGGGGUUGGUACCCGGCCGCCGGGGCCGAGGACGAGCUCCUGUUCCCCCGGGGCGCCGAGAUCCGCGAGAUCGACGACGUCAACGGGGAGUGGUUCCACGGCGUGUACAUGGGUGCCAAGGGCCUAUUUCCGGCUCCCUAUGUGCAGAUUCUGGACGGCCAGGAUGGUUGAUUGACGAAUGAAAUUGGGUCACGGGGUUGUUUCGGGCUAUUUGACGUGGAUGACUUGACGUAGCGUUUUUUGAGGUUGAUCUAUAUAUACAUAUACAUAAUAUCUUGGAUGGAGAACAGUUGUCUGAAUUAUGGAUAGUCUCA